UACGUGUCGGAGGUUUAUUGGUGGUUACGUGGUCCAAAUCAGUGUUUAAAAACAAAGCGAUUUACUUCGGUUCUCUUCCUCGGUCUCGCUUCAAUAAAAAAAGGAAAAAAAAAAUCGGUAUCGUUUUCACACCUGGAUAUAGCCCGAAACGAAGGAAACAAGAUUAUAAGCUUCUCAGUUCAUGCAUACUCAGAUCGGUUAGGGUUCGUUGAUUCUCUUUUUGAUUACGAAAGCUUAAGAUCUCUUUUGGUGGAUUUUUGGGUUUAUCCAUCUAUGGUGGAUCGCAGAUCUUUUGGCUCUAUAACUCCUCCUCUCCAAUUAGAUAUGGAACAGUUGCUGUCAGAAGCCCAACACAGGUGGCUUAGGCCUACUGAGAUUUGUGAAAUUCUUCAGAACUAUCACAAGUUUCAUAUAGCAUCAGAGUCUCCCACCCGACCCGCCAGUGGUUCACUUUUUCUUUUUGAUAGGAAGGUACUGAGAUAUUUUAGGAAAGACGGACAUAACUGGAGGAAGAAGAAAGAUGGUAAAACCAUAAGAGAAGCUCAUGAGAAGCUCAAGGUAGGAAGCAUAGAUGUGCUACAUUGUUACUAUGCACAUGGGGAAGCCAACGAGAAUUUCCAGAGACGUUGCUACUGGAUGCUUGAACAACAUUUGAUGCAUAUCGUUUUUGUGCACUACUUGGAGGUUAAGGGUAACCGGACCAGUAUAGGAAUGAAAGAAAACAAUUCAAAUUCUGUAAAUGGCACAGCUUCAGUGAAUAUUGAUUCAACAGCAAGCCCAACUAGCACAUUGUCAUCAUUAUGUGAAGAUGCUGAUACCGGGGAUAGUCAACAAGCAAGUUCCGUCUUACGACCAUCUCCUGAACCUCAAACUGGAAAUCGCUAUGGUUGGACACCUGCUCCUGGCAUGCGUAAUGUUUCACAGGUUCAUGGGAACAGAGUCAGAGAAAGUGAUUCCCAGAGAUUAGUUGAUGUCAGAGCUUUGGAUACCGUUGGGAAUUCGCUGACAAGAUUUCAUGAUCAGCCUUAUUGUAAUAAUUUGUUGACUCAGAUGCAGCCUUCUAAUACUGACUCAAUGCUGGUGGAAGAAAAUUCAGAAAAAGGUGGGCGGUUAAAGGCAGAGCAUAUCAGAAAUCCUCUUCAAACUCAAUUUAAUUGGCAGGAUGACACUGAUCUGGCGUUAUUUGAGCAAAGUGCACAAGAUAAUUUUGAGACAUUUUCCAGUCUCCUUGGCAGUGAAAAUCUGCAACCUUUUGGAAUUAGUUAUCAAGCUCCUCCUUCAAAUAUGGACUCUGAAUAUAUGCCUGUAAUGAAAAUAUUGCGAAGAAGCGAAGAUAGUUUGAAAAAAGUCGAUAGUUUUUCUAAGUGGGCUAUUAAAGAACUUGGGGAGAUGGAGGAUUUGCAGAUGCAGUCUUCACGUGGAGAUAUUGCAUGGACCACUGUUGAAUGUGAAACUGCAGCAGCUGGGAUCUCCUUGAGCCCUUCUCUCUCUGAGGAUCAGCGUUUCACCAUAGUUGAUUUUUGGCCAAAAAGUGCAAAGACAGACGCAGAAGUUGAGGUCAUGGUUAUUGGGACAUUUCUACUUAGUCCGCAAGAAGUAACUAAAUAUAAUUGGUCAUGCAUGUUUGGUGAAGUGGAAGUUCCUGCUGAGAUUUUAGUAGAUGGUGUUCUUUGCUGUCAUGCUCCACCGCAUACAGCUGGUCACGUCCCCUUUUAUGUUACAUGUUCCAACAGAUUUGCUUGCAGUGAAGUACGAGAAUUUGAUUUCCUUUCUGGUUCUACCCAAAAAAUCAAUGCUACAGAUGUUUAUGGUACCUAUACAAAUGAAGCAUCACUUCAGUUGCGGUUUGAGAAGAUGCUUGCUCACAGGGAUUUUGUUCACGAACACCAUAUAUUCGAAGAUGUUGGGGACAAACGAAGACAAAUCAGUAAAAUUAUGUUGCUAAAGGAGGAGAAAGAGUAUCUCCUUCCAGGGACAUAUCAGAGAGACUCAACCAAACAAGAACCAAAAGGACAGCUUUUUAGGGAACUGUUUGAAGAAGAACUAUAUAUAUGGCUCAUACAUAAAGUGACUGAAGAGGGUAAAGGUCCAAACAUAUUGGAUGAAGAUGGACAGGGUAUUUUACACUUUGUUGCAGCGCUUGGGUAUGACUGGGCCAUUAAACCGGUGUUAGCAGCAGGAGUUAACAUUAACUUCCGUGAUGCCAAUGGCUGGUCUGCCCUUCAUUGGGCUGCGUUUAGUGGCAGGGAGGAAACUGUCGCUGUGCUUGUCUCUCUAGGUGCUGAUGCUGGGGCAUUAACGGAUCCAUCUCCAGAGCUUCCAUUGGGUAAAACAGCAGCUGAUUUGGCUUACGCAAAUGGACACAGGGGAAUUUCGGGAUUUCUUGCAGAGUCUUCCUUAACUAGUUAUCUUGAAAAGCUAACAGUGGACUCAAAGGAAAAUAGCCCUGCCAACUCUUGUGGAGAAAAAGCUGUUCAAACAGUCUCUGAGCGAACCGCUGCUCCUAUGACCUAUGGCGAUGUACCAGAGAAACUUUCCUUGAAGGAUUCACUUACUGCUGUCCGUAAUGCUACGCAAGCGGCUGAUCGUCUCCAUCAAGUAUUCAGGAUGCAAUCAUUCCAACGGAAACAGCUGUGUGAUAUUGGCGAUGAUGAAAAGAUUGAUAUCUCCGACCAGUUAGCUGUUUCUUUUGCAGCUUCUAAAACUAAGAAUCCAGGACAGGGUGAUGUCUCUCUUAGUUGUGCUGCUACCCAUAUCCAGAAGAAAUAUCGUGGUUGGAAGAAGAGAAAAGAGUUUCUUUUAAUCCGACAAAGAAUCGUUAAAAUUCAGGCUCAUGUGAGAGGACAUCAGGUCCGGAAACAAUACCGAACAGUCAUCUGGUCUGUGGGAUUACUCGAGAAAAUCAUUUUGCGUUGGAGACGCAAAGGUAAUGGUUUGAGAGGGUUUAAACGCAAUGCAGUCGCCAAAACCGUGGAACCGGAACCGCCUGUAUCAGCUAUAUGUCCUAGGAUCCCACAGGAAGAUGAGUAUGAUUAUCUUAAAGAGGGAAGAAAACAAACAGAGGAAAGGCUACAGAAGGCUCUGACUCGUGUUAAGUCGAUGGUUCAAUACCCAGAAGCACGGGAUCAAUACCGUAGACUCCUAACGGUUGUUGAGGGCUUCCGUGAAAAUGAGGCUUCAUCAAGUGCAUCUAUAAACAAUAAAGAAGAAGAAGCAGUCAACUGUGAAGAAGACGAUUUUAUUGACAUUGAGUCUCUUUUGAACGAUGACACAUUGAUGAUGUCUAUUUCUCCUUGAUUUUACUUUCUGACUCGUAUUCAUUUUUCCUUCUUUUACUUUCUAACUUUAUUUCUUCUCUGUAAAUACCAUAGUUGAUAUUUACCGCUUAAUUUAUUACUUGGAUUGAAAUAGAAUUAUUCACUAUUUUCUUUCGUCUUAACAAUAUAUAACUUUUUUAUUUGUUCAUUUGGCU